AUGUCAGCUAGAGGUGUACAGAGGGGACGAAUAGAGAGAAAACCCGUUAACACCACAGACGAUGCCACUUCUCCUACGGACCAGACAUUCAUGCUUGAAAGAUCGAAUGAAUGGCCCGAACAUCUCAUGAGCUCAGCACGAAGACUAUCUAGAGAGUUUCUUAGCCCAAUAGUACACGAAGAACAGUAUCCUCGAGUGAUGUCGGUUGUCAGUGGAGUCGACGGCCGUCGUCCAGGGUUACAUAGAAUCAUCUCGUUCGCACCGACGGCAACCUCCCCAACCGCAUCUGCAACCUCCACUUCAUCAGGCCUCAAUAAAAGGCAGACAUUGCCAACAGCAACAGUCACCACGCUUAUCACCGCAACGCUCCCAUCAGAAAUUAGAGGAAGAGACUUCAAUCCUCUGGAUCCUCUAGGCUUGGGAUCUGAAUUCUCAUCACUAGUGGCGUCCAGGGUUUCCGUAGCUUCAAGUGUCAUAUCUUCUGGUGGCAGCGGACUCACGUCCGAGUUUCCACUACCGAGCAUCUCUCUGCCAGGACUCCCAAGCCCAUCGGGUUUACUUUCAGGCAAUGGUACCUCUUCGUCAUCUGGACUCCUAGGGGCUUUGGGAAGCCUGCUCUCAGGAGGGCUCGGGUCUCUUCUGUCCGGACUGGCAGCAGGCCUUGGCUCCUCUGGUCUCACUCAAGCUAUCGAUGAUGAUCUCAAUAGACUAGCAUUUGAGUUGAUAAAUGGCUUCAUAUCCGACGCUGGGAUCGAUGACUUCUAUACUUUACGUGUCUUGACAACUUGCAAGGGGGAAUCUCCAUCCAAUAUCUCGAGCUGCUCGCCCUUUUCUUCAGCUGCAAACAAAAUAAGCAAAAUCAGCUCCAAGAUUCCAAGUUCCUUGGCGGUAGUAGGAACGAACGUCUCAUCGCCUGCUCUCAAUGAACUCACAGGCGCCGUCUCAACCCUAGGGCCGACUGCCGACUCGCUCGAGAAAUUCUUGCUCGCUCUCAUGAUUCUAUCUCUCAUCAACUCAGCAGCGGCCAUAAUACUGUCAUUCCUUGGCAUAUUCUUGGCUCAAAAUAGGAUAGUAAUAACGGGAAAUCUGUCUCUUGCAACGAUCGGCAUUUUCACCCGAAGUCUCGAUGCUGUACUUGCGACCUUGAUCAGCGUCAUACUGAGCUGGCUGACCAACAAAUUUGGCAACUCGGUCGGACUAUAUGCCACGAGUGGCGCAACAUUCAUCGCCUUGAUCUGGCUUGGAUUCGUGUUCCAAAGUCUGGCAACCUCUUAUUGGGUUUGUGUGUGGUUUGUGGAGUUUAGACAGAGUAGCUUCAGAAUCAGAAAGAGAGAGGCGACUGAGAUUGGGGAUUAUAGAGGGAUUUUCCGGGAGAUCAAGAUCGAUGUCAGAUCUCCGAAGGAGAAUAAAGAGCAGGAGACUGUUGUUUGAGGAUUCCAAAGCAGAUGUACGGCACAUCUUGGUACCCUUGGGUCUGUCGAAGCUCUUCAGUCCUAUCUCGGCAAGAUCUUUCCUCGAUGAGUUGCAGGCCUGUUACAAUAGAUGUGGGAACCAUCAGAGGAAUCUCGAAAGUACUGAUGUCGAUAGUAACUGGCCAAAUGAUCUUUGCAUGGGUCUGAGCUACACAGAGACUCUUUUUGGCGAAAGUGGGGUAGACAAUGACUUGAAAUAAGAUCAAGAUGUGUAAGGGUCUGAGCCUGUGUGAUCUGUGCACUUGCCCCUUAAUUAAGCGAG